AUGUAUGCGCCUAAGGCCUACGGCCUAGUUCUUAAGCAUCUCGCGACUGAGAACAAACUCACACCACUGCUUGUUCAUUGCAGGGGAGGCGAGGGCCGGACAGGCUUGUUGAUUGCGAUUAUUCUCGCCCUUUGUGGCGUUCCCAGGGAUCUAAUCGCCCUCGAGUAUAGUCUAACUCAUGCUGACCUGUCGAGCAUCGGGACAGAGAGUGCUGAAUGCGUACUUGGCCCUCUCGGAUGGGAUGUUGACUUAGAAGCAAAAGCAAAAUCCUUGAGCUUUAUACAUGAGAGCAUCGAUAUAGUUUUUGAGAUCUUGGAUACUACGUAUGGAGGCAUUACAGGCUAUGUCAAGAAUUAUUGUGGACUUUCAGAUGAGGAGAUUGAGAUGAUUCGUAAGAACCUAACUAUGAACUAG